AUGCUUCAAGACUCUAACACAUAUAAGAAACUCAAACGAGACCUCCCUAAUAAAUUUAAGAAAGAAUUAUCAGACUGUUUGAAGGAAAUGAAAGAUUAUAACACCAUUGAUCUGAAGUUGCAUAAACAGCUGUACCCGACGACUGAUUCACCACCGAAAUUCUAUGGACUUCCAAAAAUACAUAAUGCAAACAUGCCAUUAAGACCAAUAGUCAGCAGUGUGGGAUCUAUCACUUACAAUAGUGCCAAGUACCUAUCAACGGUACUGUCUCCCAUGGUCGGGAAAACAGAACACUUUGUGAAGAACUCAAAACAUUUCUCUACACUCAUCAAAAACAAACAGGUGGAAGAGGAUGAAGUUUUGAUAUAUAACGUUAGUGCACUUUUUACCAGUGCCCCAGUAGAUAAAGCCUUGGAUAUUAUUCAUAAUAAACUACUCGGGGACCCGGAGCUGAGCACUAGAACCACUAUGUCUACAAAUCAGAUCACCAAGCUACUAGGUCUGUGCCUUAAUUGCACAUAUUUUGUGUUUGAUGGUAAUUUCUACCAACAUAUACAUGGCGCCGCUAUGGGAUCUCCGGUUUCGCCGAUAGUAUGCAACUUAUACAUGGAGCAUUUUGAGGAACAGGCUCUCCGCAGAGCCCCACUCCCACCAGGCUGGUGGUUCCGCUACGUUGAUGACAACCACACAAAACAGAAGGUUGAACAUGUCGAGGAGUUCACAGAGCACAACAACUCCAUUGACCUCGACAUUAAGUUCACGAUGGAAAAAGAAGAGAACGGGUCACUAGUUUUCUUUGACACCAAUACUAUCAGAAAACCGGACGGCAGCUUAAACAUCAAUAUCUACAGAAAACCGACACAUACAUACCAAUAUCUAGAUUUCAACUCCCACCAUCCGAAUGAACACAAACUGUCAGUAGUAAGAACUCUUUUUGGCAGAGCUAAAUCAAUAAUAACAGAAGAACAGAAUUUGAAUAAUGAAAUGCAGCAUGUCAGCCAGGCUUUGAAGAAGUGCCACUAUCCGGAAUGGGCACUGAAGAAAGGAAGGGAACAGACCAGCAAACCCAAGUCCGGUACGGAGAGCAAAAGAGUACCAGAGCAAGCCAAGUCUAAGGGCAACAUUUUCCUUCCAUAUGUUCAAGGUACCUCUGAACAGUUGAAGCGGGCCUUCCUGAAACAUAACAUCAGCGUAUCCUUUAAGCCACAUAAAACUCUUAGACAAUUACUAGUUCACCCUAAGGACAAACCAGACAAUGAAAACAUAUGCGGACUUAUCUACCAUAUCAAAUGUGAUGGCCAUCCAAAGGACCAGUGUUCAAUGGACUAUAUUGGUAAAACCGAAAGAAAUUUUAAAGCACGAUUCAUGGAACACAGGAGACCGAGUAUAACAUCAUCUAAGGUUUCAAUACAUAUACAUGAUUGUAAACCGGGCCUAGCGAUCACAAUGGAGAAUGUUAGGAUUCUGGAACGUGAGCCAUCUUGGUUCGAGAGAGGGGUCAAGGAGGCUAUUUACAUCCGUGCACUAAGACCGGCUCUAAACAAGGACGGGGGCCGCUACCAACUCUCGCGCACCUGGGACCAUACGUUAACAUCGCUCACCCCGACAAUUAGCGAUUAUGAGUAA